GUUUUGCGCAUAAAAGGGACAGGUAUCCAGGAAUUCGAUUCCAGUGCGAGCUAGUUACCACUUUGACAUGUAGCUGCUGAAUACCUAUUGGUACAGAGAGCGAAAAACUCAGAUCUUGAUCUUCGCAUUGUCAGGUUUUAAUCCAUUCAAUAACUGAGCGAGCGACACUCUCUAGGCUUAAAUAACAGAAAUGGUCUCAAUGAAAGACAACAUCAGGGCGGUUGUACACGAUGUUACAGAUCACUCGCUUCGGCUCGAGAGCCAAGAAGUACCGAUUCCAUCUUCCAAUCAAUACCUGAUCCGUACGCAGGCGGUAGGCAUCACGAAAGGAGAGUUACAAUGGCCCGAGCCCGGUUCUCUCUCUAGACCGAUUCCAGGCUUCGAUGUGGCUGGAACCGUGAUCAAGUCACCCUCAAACGAAUCUAAAUUUCAAAGUGGUGACAAUAUUUACGCCUUGACAGCAUUUGGUCGCCCUGCAAACGCACGAGAAAUCACCCUAGUUGACGAAGGCGAGAUUGCAAGCAUGCCAAUCGGUCUGAGCUUCGAAGAAGCUGCAGCAGUUCCAAUGAGCGCCCUGACUGCAAAAGAAGCACUUUUUGACAAGUUCGGACUCGUAUGUGAAGCAAACAGCGCUAAAAACAGGGACAAAUCCCUUUUGAUCAUUGGUGCUAGCGGUGCUGUCGGAAUCUGGGCUGUUCAGCUUGCGAAAUGGUCUGGAGUCGGUCGGAUCGUGGGCAUGUGCGGUCCAGACAACGUAGACUUUGUAAAAGGAAUUGGAGCAGGCUCGGUCAUCAACUAUCGAGAGCUCAGUCUAGCCGACUGGGUGGCACGCGGUCGAUCAGAUGCUAAGUUCGACUUCGUGUUGGAUGGUGUUGGCGGACCGGUUUUGAGCGACGCAUGGACAGCAGUGAAGCCGAAUGGCCACUUGCUGUGCAUCGUGCACCCAAUUGACGGCUCGAGACCUGAGAUAGGUGUUAGCGAGGGAGUAAAAGGAACAUUUUUCAUUGUCCAGCCAAACGGAGAGCAUCUGGCAAGGAUCACUACCCUUAUCGAGGAGAAGGUUGUCAGGCCGUUUAUCGAUGGGGUGUACACGCUUGACAACUUCGAGCGAGCUUUUAAUCGAGCUGAAAGCGGUCAUGCAAAAGGGAAGGUCAUUUUGAAGAUGCAGUAGUAAGCAUAUACACCUUUCAGUGGCUCGGCAUGGAAUUUGUUGUGAUGUAUUCGGUACGUAAUUAACGUCUGGAGACUUUGUUUGCAUGAUGAUUCUUGACGCACAACUUGAGC